AUGGCUUAUUCAAAUAGAGCUGUGAUAUUAAUAUUAGUGAUAUUGUUUGCUUCAAUAUUUUUUGAAACUUAUGAAUCCAGGAUUCAGAAAUCCGUAAGAAGCGAAUUAAUCGAGAACUUCAAACGUCUUUUUGCUCCGACUUCAGAAAAAUCAUUUACCACUUGGUUCGGUAAUGUAAUUACACCGCAAUAUAUAUUUAGACCAAAUUCUCUUGAAGAUCUUCAAGAUAUUGUAAAAAACGCGAAAACUAACGGAAAAAAGAUUCGAUGUGCGGGUCGAGGACAUACGUGGACAUCGUUGUCGGUCACCAAAGAUUAUUUGGUUAUUGUGAAUAAUUUAAAUAAAGUUGUCGAAAUAACAAACACAGAUAAAAAUGGAUGGACUGUUACCGUUUUAUCUGGUACUCAAAUCAAGACGAUAGAACAUGCAUUAUUACAAAAUAAUCCUCCUUUGGCUUUUGAAUCAAUGACCGUCCCCAAUUUUUUUAGCGCGUCUGGAGUUAUAGCAGUUGGUGCUCAUGGUUGCAAGACGGGAGGUCCAAGUAUAUCUGACUUGGUUGUUAAACUACAAAUAGUUUCUGAAGAUGGUGAAUUGCAAGAAUUUUCAAAUGAAAAAGAUCCAGUCGAAUUCAGCGCAGCAAAAUUAAAUUUAGGUUUACUAGGCAUUAUUUAUUCUGUUACUUUUCGCGUCGAGCCAUUAUAUAACUUACGUGUCAAUGAUAUUGUAAUCCCAAUAAAGACCUGGCUUAACCCUGCAAGCAUCAAAAAAACCCUUGAUACCUCUGAUUCUCUUGAUAUUAUUUACUGGCCAUUCAAUAAAGGGAAAAUCGACUUAUCAAAUGAUGAUAUUUGGAUAAAACAAUUCGUCAGAACACAAGAAACGCCAACAAUGAGUCAAUUGGAUCUUGAUCAUUUACUUCAGUUAUUUUAUAAUAUUAGCAGGCACUCCUUUGAUCUCUUGCUUAAAACCCCCAAUCUUACUCCGAUUACGAAAGGAUUCGAAUGGAAUGACAUCGUCAAGGAAACACUUGUCACUAAUCAAGUGCUUAUAGCCACAGAUGCUCUUCAUUUUUUGCCUGAUUCUGAACUUAUUGUAGCUGAAGAUUCAACCUUUGUGGUUAAAGCUGAUCCAGACUUCACAAACAUUGCUACGGCAUUUUCUUUUACUAUAAAUAAAAUCGGCGAAUAUGCACGAAAAGGCAAGUUCCCAAUAAAUAUUAGCGUGGCUUUCAGACUCCUAAGAGCUUCUACCGCUUUAUUAUCCCCGGCAUUCGACAGCGAUCCAAAUGCUGUUUAUAGCUUCUUUGAAUUGACCACAUACAAAAACACUCCUGGCUGGUUAGACUUUCAAACAGAAGUAAGCCAAGAACUCAUGAGCAAAUAUGGAGCUAGACCACAUUGGGCAAAAGAAUGGGAAUCUGUGCCUGGUAUUAAACAAUAUCUUCACAAAGCAUUGGGUGAUCGUAUUGCUACAUUUGAAAAAGUUCGCGCUAAAUAUGAUCCUAAUAAUACUUUCUUCGAUAAUGAUUCACUGAAACAAGUGUUUUACGGAUAA